AUGAAAGUGAGAGUGGUGAACUUGAACUACGUUCUUCUAAUGCACCUGAUCUGCGAACCGGGGAUUUCUUCAGCUGAGGAUUUUGAUAUUUGGGGCGAUCGUGCCGAAAAAAAUGGUCUAGGGAAAGGGAAUGAGAUGAAUUUCAGUUCGAUGGUUAAAAAUAGUGAUAUAAGCAGGCUUCCGCGAGUUUUAAACUUUUUUCCGGUGCCUUUCGUAGAAGAAUGCAAGGCCAAUGACGGCCGUAGAAGAGGCAUCUGCAUGAACACCUACGAAUGUCGCAUCCAAGAAGGGAAAUCAUAUGGGUUUUGCGCUCUGGGAUUUGGGGUCUGUUGCGUAUUUACUGCAACGUGUGAUCAAGAGGUGAUAAACAACCUGACGUAUUUUGUAAACCCGGACUUUCCUGACCUCACCAAAGGAAUGUCUUCUUGCACACUGAAUGUUAAGAAAAUCGAGCCGGAAAUUUCGCAAAUCCGGCUGGAUUUUGUUCACUUUAACCUGGGGCAACCCAAUAGACAAACAGGCGUAUGCGAAGAGGACGUUUUUCAAAUCAUCGCAGGUAAUUCCAGCGAGGAAUUCACGCUCUGCGGCUUAAACAGCGGACAACAUGUUUAUUUUGAUGUAAACAGUCUGGAUGAAAUCAAAAUUGAAAUGACCCUGGACAAGAAAGCGGUGUCGCGGUUCUGGGAAAUAAUCAUAACUCAAAUGGCUUUCACAGAACAAGCGCCUCCAGGUUGCCUCCAAUACUUUACAGGCCCAGAUGGAACUAUCCAGACGAUGAACUUUGCGGACAAUGGAAGACAUCUGGCAAAUCAAGAUUAUAACAUCUGCAUUCGUCAAGAGGAGGGAAUGUGCAGCAUUGCAUAUGAACCGUGCCAUGAGAAUGCUUUUCGGAUUGCCCCAAACUCACUAGACUCUGGCGCAGUUCCAACUAAUAUGGAUGAAGGGUCAGGGGACGAAGAAGUCGAGACUAUUUCCAGAGCCCUGAAAAUGUGCAAUGAUAAAAUAGUCUUGCCCUGUGACUCUGAGGAGUUAAUACUGCCAGGUUUAAUGAAUAUGAUGCCUGGAAGUUGCAGCUUAGAACACUGCGGCCUCAGUUUAUGCCCUUCGGGAAACUCACCCUGUCGCAUAGAAAGUAGCGUGACUCCCUUCAAUAUUGGGGUGCAUUUUGCGGAAAGCGCAGCAGAAGCUUCCCCUGAAGAAAAUCUAGGUAUGUGUCUCAAUUACGAACAAAUACCUUGCGGCGACUGAAGCAAGGAAAGUAAUUUCGGAAGUCAACAAAUGCA